UCUUUAACAAAGGGAAGAUUCUUCGGUCCUUGUUCAACAAAAAAUACGAUUAUGAAAUUACUAAAAUGCCCAUUAAGGGACAGCUAUCUCUUUCUGCUAUCAUCGUCCAAAAAGCGAGUGGCGUCGGAACCCAUAAUCCAUCAUCAGGAAAACGCUUUAUCGCUUUACCUCCAAUAAUUCUCUCACUCAUAAAAGAGAAAAAAGUUUGUUUAAUUUACUUGAUAAAAUGAAAUUCAUUAUUAUUACGUAUAUUAUGCCAAUAAAGUCAUCAUCUUCGAUCAUUCUCCCCUUCGCCCUUUCUCGCUCCGAAACCCUAGAAAAUUCACCCAUCCGAGACGGGGAAAAAAAAAAAGAAGGAAAGAAAGAACCUGUAAGUUUUUUCAAAGAAACCCUCCCUUCUCCCUAGACAAUCCUUUUCAAUUUAACACGGAAGAAAGUUUUGAAGCCCCAAUUUCAGGUUAAGGAAAUUACAAUAGAGUUUUCUUGUAGGGCACAUGGGGAGGGUUCUACGGGAAACAUCGAAGCCAUCCUCGUCGCCGGCCUCCUCCGUCUGCAGCACCACGUCGUCGACGUCGGUGACGGAGACGGUGAACGGCUCUCACCAGUUCAAGAUCACGGGGUAUUCGCUGUCGAAAGGUUUGGGGAUCGGCAAAUACAUAGCUUCCGACACGUUCUUGGUGGGAGGAUAUUUGUGGGCGAUCUAUUUUUAUCCCGAUGGGAAGAGCGCAGAAGAUAAUGCCGCCUACGUUUCGUUGUUCAUUGCUUUGGCGAGCGAGGGAACCGACGUUAGGGCGCUUUUUGAGCUUACACUUUUGGAUCAGAGCGGGAAAGAAAGGCAUAAGGUGCAUAGCCAUUUUGGGAGGACGCUUGAGAGUGGGCCUUAUACGCUUAAGUAUCGCGGCAGCAUGUGGGGAUAUAAACGAUUUUUCAAAAGAACUCUAUUGGAGCAAUCAGACUACCUCAAAGACAAUUGCCUCUCUGUUCACUGUAGUGUUGGUGUUGUUAAGUCACAUACAGAGGGUCCUAAAAUCUAUUCAAUAGCUGUUCCACCUUCAAACAUUGGUCUUCAUUUUGGACAACUACUAAAAAGUGGAAAGGGAACUGAUGUAAGCUUUGAAGUUGAUGGGGAAGUCUUUCCCGCCCACAAGUUGGUACUUGCUGCACGUUCACCUGUGUUUAGGGCACAACUUUUUGGUCCAAUGAAGGAUCAGAAUACAAAGCAAAUAAAAGUUGAAGAUAUGGAAGCUCCGGUUUUCAAGGCCCUGCUUCACUUUAUAUACUGGGAUUCUCUACCUGACCUGCAAGAGCUCACUGGUUUCAACUCAAAAUGGGCUUCUACAUUGAUGUUUCAGCAUCUGCUUGCAGCUGCAGAUAGGUAUGGACUGGAUAGACUGCGAUUACUCUGUGAAGCCAGUCUUUGUGAGGAUGUUGCCAUUAACACCGUGGCAACUACAUUAGCCUUGGCUGAGCAGCACCAUUGUUUCCAGCUUAAAGCUGUGUGUCUCAAGUUUGUUGCAAUGCCAGAAAAUCUAAGAGCUGUAAUGCAAACUGAUGGUUUUGAGUACUUGAAGGAAAGUUGCCCAUCUGUCUUGACUGAGCUGUUGGAGUAUGUAGCUAGAGUGAACGAGCACUCAGUGAUUGUAUGCAGACAUGGGAAUGAAGCCAUCAUCGAUGGAAGUGAUGCAAACGGUAGGCGGGUGAAGCAACGGCUAUAGUAGCAGCUGGCCACAGUUUCCUUUUUAGUUUAAAAAAAAAAAAAGACGAAUGAAAAAAAAGGAAGAAAAUAUAUAGGAUUUGGAAAAAAAAAUUUUCCAGUGUUAUAAUCUUUGGUAUUUGUAAGAGAUGUAAAUGUAGUUGUUCAUUUGGUGUCCAUUUGUUUGCUUUGUGAUGAGAAAUGUUUCCCUAAAUUGUAGUUUUUCAUAUAUUACCUUUUGACGUAGUGGUAGCAGGUAUUACUCUGAUUACUGAUUAGUGUGCGUUGAGGAUUGGCGUCCCAGAAACAUUUUGAGUCAGCAAUUAAUGUAACACACAUCAAGUAUUUACCAAAUUCCAUUUACUCUUACA